ACUGCAAAUCAAUAUGAAGUUUAGAGGCAGUGCAGUUCGUCUCGUCGCUUACAUGGCCCCCUACGCGACAAUCUAUGAGGAAGCGACGUUAAGGGGGAACGAUGAAAAAGGGUAUAUAUACGUUGGAUUGGCCUCGAGAUAUUCGACAGGAUGACUUUUCUCAAUAUCCAAAUCACAAAAUCACUAAACGACGCCAACAGCUCAAGUGCUGCACUGGUUGCCAGCAUCGGGCUGUCCCCCCUCCUUGCCGCUGCUUGUGGCGUCCUUCGCGGAGCGCGCGCAUACAUUCUUCCGAAAUCUCGUCGGCCGUUUGACGUUGCAUACCUUGUGGUAUUUCAUCUCCUGGUGACGACCGCCAUCGCCCUUGUUGCCGUCGGGGCCUCAGGUCUUAGCAAGACCACGCUGUCGCCAGCCCAGAUCACAUCAAAUCAGUCUCUGGUAAAGGCGGACAUGGUGAUGCUACUCCUAGAAUGGGGUUUUAUUACCGCUUUAACCUUCCUCGCAUCUCAGCAGGCCUAUGCGAAGGCGACGAGGAAGCUUGCAAACGAUAGGGGAGGGAAGACGUUGCUUCUGGCCAUGGCUAUCUCAAUACCAUUCCUAGGCAUCCGAGUAUUGGAAAGGUUCAUCUACUUCUUUACCCAAAACCCCUAUUUGAGCCUUGUGUCGGGUAGUCUUGGGUUAAAAGUUGGACUGGAAGUUGUUGAGGAGAUCGUCGUGAGCUCCUCAUUGAUCAUUGCUGGUGUCUUGACACGCAAUAUCCAAGAGAUGUGAGCGAGGGGCGGCAUAUUAAGGAGUUCGAAAAUAAAGAUUAUGGUAUCGAUGUGCAGAGGGUGGCUUUCAAUUAAUGCAGGUUUAUAUACACAUUCAGAUCUUAUCGAGAAACACAACGUACUAUAUAUCUGCUAGAAACCCAGCAAGCUCCACGUAUUCCGGAGAAUCAUUCUGGAGCUGAGAAAAGGACUUCAAGUAGACUACGAUUGCAGGAUGCCCUAGGAAAGACCGAAGGCGCGCGCAUGUAAGCACGUUAUUAAGAGCCCGGUGCAU